AUGAUUGAGCUCCUGCUCCUUCACUGGCGAACCGCCUUGUUGGCGCUGAUCCCGCUAAUCGGCGUUCUGGUCGCGCGGAAGUUCAAGUCCAACGAGAUUGACUUUAAGCAAUAUGCUCACUUUCCUCAACCCGAGGCGAGGGAUGAGAAGCGCGGUCACUGGCCAUGGAUUGAAAAGUCGGCAGGCGAGGGAGACCCUCGCAGGUCUUUUGACAUCAUCCUCUAUGAACAAGCACAAAAGCUCGGUUUCCCUCCAGUCUUGCUGGUCGACUGGCGACCCAUGGAGCCCUUGUUGAUUCUCUUCAUCCUCGACAACAAUGUCGCAGAGCAGGUCACGAGAGCUACCAAGCAGUGGAGUACCAGUACCCCCAAGCACCCGGCUAUGCAAGACUUGGCUCCUCUGGUCGGAUCUCGUUCGCUAGUCACUCUGGACGGCGACGAGUGGAAGGGUCUUCGCAAGCGCAUUCUCCCCGGUUUCCAGCCUCAACACCUUCUGAGUUUGGUCAAGGUCAUCUUGGACAAGUCGGUGCUCUUUAUUGAGCAUCUCGAGAAGAGGGCCCAGACUGGAGAGGAAUUCCGCCUGGAUGAAUUGACCACCAAUUUGGCUUUUGAUGUUAUUGGAAUUGUUACCUUUGAUAUGGAUCUCAACGCUCAGGUUCCUGAUAAUCAGAGUCCUGUGCUUACAACUUACCGCGACUUGUCGAAUGCUUACAACGCUCGAGAUCUCACCAAGCACUGGAUGCGCCGGUACUUUUCAGAAAACGAGAGAAAGAUUCGAAGUCUGGACAAGAAGCUCGACGUCAUUCUCAAGGAAAACAUUCUCAAGGAGCACAAGAAGCUACUUGCAGGCGACAACACGGCGUCUCGCAGUGUAGCAACCCUUAGUUUGCACGGAAUUGAAAAACUCACCCCGGAAAUGCUUCAGCAGACUAGCGACACCUGCCGAGGUUUUCUCUUUGCUGGCCACGACACAACGAGUAUUCUCAUGCAAUGGUCAUUUUACGAACUGAGCAAGAGCCCAAAGGCCAUGAAGGCACUCAAGGAUGAACUUGACGAGGUUUUCGGAAAGGACCCGCAGCCAUCUAGUGUUAUCAACCAGUUGUUGGCCCCUGGAAACAGUGACCUGCUGAACCGCCUCAAAUACACGGAUGCCAUUAUCAAGGAAACUCUGCGAUUAUACCCUCCCGGAACUACGGCACGACUUGCCCCAGAAGGAUCUGGAACCACCUUGACCAUGCCUGAUGGACAAAAGCUCGUCGUCGACGGCCUCGUCUUGACCCCUCGAGCCCUCAUCAUCCAGCGUGACCCCAAGAUCUUUGGCGAGACCAAGGACGAUUUUGUUCCCGACCGAUGGCUAGGCCCCGAGGCCGCCAACAUUCCCGAGAGCUGCUGGAGACCCUACGAGCGUGGCCCGCGACGAUGCACUGGUUCUGAGCUGGCCAAUAUGGAGGCCAAGGUCGUCCUGGCUUGUAUUGCCAGGCGCUUUGACUUUGUCAAGGUUGGCUUGGGUGAGUUGGAUGCGGAUGAAAAUGGACAGCCCAUCUUGGAUGACAAGGGCUACUACAAGACCAAGUCCACAUUAUUUACUACCGAUCUGGUCACUGCCAAGCCAGUGGAUGGAAUGGUGGUGAAGAUGAAGAUCAACGAGAACGCAAAAUGA